AUUGCCUAAACUAUAUGUGAUCUGGUGCAAAUCUAUUCGCCUAUUCAGAUUUAAACUUCCUUCCUGAUCGUCUUCAAGUAAUCGGAACUUGACUAGCUAUGGCUCCUCCGCCGGCGAAGAUGCAAGAGAUCCACCAAUUCCUCUCCUCCGCACUCACACAGCGUGGCCCUACCGCUCUCCCAUACGCCGAGCCCACCAAGUCGCUAAUCCGACAACACCUCCUUAACCUAGUCUCUUCCCACACUUCCCUCGAUCCCAAAACGGCGACGUUUACACACAACGAUGGCCGAUCCGUGAUCCUCCUCCAAGCCGACGGAACAGUGCCGAUGCCUUUCCAAGGCGUAAGCUACAACAUCCCCGUCGUCAUCUGGCUCCUCGAUUCGUACCCUCACUAUCCACCUUGCGUCUAUGUGAACCCUACGCGUGAUAUGAUCAUCAAACGACCUCACUCCAAUGUCUCUCCUUCUGGACUCGUCUCUCUUCCUUAUCUCCAAAAUUGGGUUUACCCUAGCUCCAAUCUCGUUGAUCUCGCCGCUCAUCUCAGCGCCGCCUUCUCUCGUGAUCCGCCGCUUUACUCUCAGCGCCGUCCUCCUCCUCCGCAACCACAACCGUCUCCUUCGAUCGGAUCUGGAUACUCACGGUCUUCACGGCUUUUUACUCCUCCUCAUCAGACGGAUGAUGCGGCGGAGGUUUAUAAGAAGAACGCGAUUAACAAGCUGGUGGACAGGGUUCAUUGUGAUCUUGUAUUGAUGAGGAGUGCUAGAGAAGUGGAAGCUGAAGGGUUACUAAGUUUACAAUCCGGACUUGAGAGAAGAGAAGAGGAGAUCAACAAUGGUUUGAAUGAGAUGGUGAACGAGAAAGAAACCUUGGAGCAGCAAUUACAGGUUAUUGCUAUGAACACUGAGUUUCUUGAUACUUGGAUUAGGGAGAAUCAAGGGAAACCUAAGAAUUUGCUAGUUGAUUUGGAGGAUGUGGAUGAUGCCUUUGAUUGCAUUGGGACAUUGUCUAAACAGAUGUUAGAGUGCACUUCAUUGGAUUUAGCCAUUGAAGAUGUUGUUUAUUCCAUGGAUAAAUCGUUUCAAGAUGGUUCGUUACCUUUUGAUCAGUAUUUGAGGAAUGUGAGAUUGUUGUCGAGGGAGCAGUUCUUUCACCGAGCCACUGCUGAGAAAGUUAGGGAGUUACAGAUGGAUGCUCAGGUUGCUUCGAUUGCAGCUAGGUUGCACUCGUGAAGUGAAACCACUGGCAAGACCUUUCAUAUGUAGCUACAAUUUUUUUUUUUUUUACUGAAUUUUAGUUACAUUCGAUUCUUAGUGUCAUAGUCUAUAGGCAUUUACACAAUACUCUAUACACGAAUUUUAACUGAUCAUGUUUUGGCUUACCUUCUCUUUGCCAUGUUUUGGAAUUAUGUUUGUCUCGUUUGCAA